AUGGGCCAGAAUUUGAUCUUGAACGCUGCCGACCACGGUUUCACCGUGGUUGCGUUCAAUCGCACCGUAUCCAAGGUCGACCGCUUCCUUGAGAAUGAGGCCAAAGGCAAGUCCAUUGUCGGGGCCCACUCGAUCGAGGAAUUCGUUUCCAAGCUCAAAAAGCCCCGCCGUAUGAUGCUUUUGGUCAUGGCUGGCCCUGCCGUUGACGACUUCAUCGAGAAGCUGCUGCCGUUUUGCGAAAAGGGCGAUAUCAUCAUCGACGGUGGAAACUCCCACUACCCCGACUCCAACCGCCGUACCAGAUACCUUGCCGACAAGGGCAUUCGAUUCGUCGGAACUGGUGUCUCCGGUGGUGAAGAAGGUGCCCGUUAUGGUCCUUCCCUCAUGCCCGGUGGUAACGAGGAGGCCUGGCCAUACAUCAAGGACAUCUUCCAGAGCAUUGCCGCCAAAUCCGAUGGCGAGCCCUGCUGUGACUGGGUCGGUGACGAGGGUGCUGGCCACUACGUCAAGAUGGUCCACAAUGGUAUUGAGUACGGUGACAUGCAGUUGAUUUGCGAGGCCUACGACAUCAUGAAGCGAGGCCUCGGAAUGAGCUACGCCGAGAUGGGAGAGGAGUUUGCCAAAUGGAACAAUGGCGUCCUCGACUCGUUCCUGAUCGAAAUCACCCGCGAUGUCCUCCGCUUCAACGACGAUGAUGGCAAGCCGCUUGUGGAGAAGAUCCUCGACUCCGCUGGUCAGAAGGGUACCGGCAAGUGGACUGCUAUCAACGCUCUCGAUCUCGGAAUGCCGGUCACCUUGAUUGGCGAGGCUGUCUUUGCCCGUUGCUUGUCUUCGAUCAAGGAGGAACGUACUCGUGCCGAGAAAGUCCUCAGCGGUCCCAAGCCCACUUUCACCGGUGAUCGUGCUGCGUUCCUCAAGAACCUCGAACAAGGCCUUUACGCGUCCAAGAUCAUCUCCUACGCCCAGGGUUUCAUGUUGAUGCAGACCGCUGCCAAGCAAUACGGCUGGAAGCUCAACAAGCCAUCCAUUGCCCUCAUGUGGCGUGGUGGCUGUAUCAUUCGGUCAGUCUUCUUGAAGGACAUCACCGCCGCCUACCGUGCCGAGCCCGAUCUCGAAAACCUCUUGUUCAACGACUUCUUCAACAAGGCUAUCCACCAGGCCCAGGAAGGCUGGAGAGACGUGGUGGCAUAUGCAGUCAAGGCCGGUAUCCCCAUGCCUGCUUUCAGCACCGCUCUGGCCUUCUUCGACGGGUACCGCACCAAGGAUCUCCCAGCCAACUUGCUCCAGGCUCAACGUGACUACUUCGGCGCUCACACCUUCGUCAUCAAGCCCGAGUACGCCAAUGAGAAGUACAAGUCCGGCGACCACAUCCACGUCAACUGGACCGGUCGUGGUGGGAACGUGUCUGCUUCCACUUACAACGCAUAG